AGUGGUCUGAGCCGGGUUACCAAGAAAGGAUAUUGGUGUUUGAUUAUUGUCGCCCCUGCAGGAGGCCUUGAGUCAGACGUGACAUAAAUAUGUCGCCACAAAAACAUCUGCUGACGCAUGUAAACGCUGUUAUUCCCGUGGAACUGGAAAUGAUGAGUAAUAGCUUGCAAGGUGAAGAAAAGCCAGUGAUAACAUAACCUGUGUCUUCUCUAUAAACAAACCAAACCUCUAGCAUUAUCGACUUAAAUGACAUUUCAUCUGAUUAGUCGCUAGGUAAAAAAAAAAGGUAUCAAUAUUACUUUUUAUGAAUGUUUUUUUUUUCCAUAUAAAAGUAUAUUCAUUUUGUGAAUUGUGCAAUGACACAAGUUUGGUCUAACCCGAAUGGUUCAUUAUUCAAUCUUCUCCAUCAGUGAUCUGCAGCAUUUCCUGAAGUGGAAGUGACAAAAAGUGGUUGGCCUGCUUUACCUCAAAGGAUAUGGCUUUGAUAGAGAUGGGGGGAAUUUUAUCUUCUCUACUGCCUUCACGCCCCUCCUUCCAGAGGCAUGCGAGUAUAACAAAACGAUCAACGUCGCCGUGUGAAUCAAUCUUUCUCAAAGACUUGUCAGAAUGAAAUGCGGAGCAGGAUUCCUGACUGUGGAGUUCAUCUGGAUGCUGAUCCAGAGCUCGGAUGCAGGACCUACGAUGCAGACGUCCGCCACCGGAGCUUCAUGCAGCCGGCUGAUGGCCGUCACCAGAAGUCUGGUGGCAGGAAGCUUGAAAGGUUUUGACAAAGCCAACGGGGAGCACCUGGGCACCUGGCACCCCGGCUUCCCCCAGCUCGAGGUCCCGCUGGACGCCCCCCUGGACGGCUCACGGGUCCUGUGCAGCCUCCUCUUCAUGGCUCAAGGCCUGCAGGAAGUGUUGGACGACCAGAGGAACGACCUCAACCCCAAAGACACUUCGCUUCACGAGGAGCUCGCCAAGGCCGUCUCCUCGGUCACCCGGCUGGCAGCGUGCAUGGCGCUCGACCUCGGAGCGCAAUGCUCCCAGAAGCCCCUCCCACCCACCAUGCCCGGCAACGCGUUCGCCAAGAAGCAGUGGAGCCACACUCUGCUGAGCACAGCCAGGGUCUAUCUGGACUGGCUGGAGCGUAAAUGUGUGGUAGAAAUGCUCAAGAUCAAAGGGAAGAAGAGGAUGGGUAAGAUUAUCACCUUGCUCAUCCUCUUCUUCCCUUUGAUCUUGAGUGAAACGUUCGAGGCAACGCUUCAGGAGGACUCUGAGGCCAGUGGAUACCUCUUGUGAUCAGUUUGUAGUGAAGCAAGGUCACAGUUCAUGGCAGCUUUUUUUUUUUUAAGUAAUGGGAUUUAGGCGCAUUUGUAAUACUUGUGGUACUUACUGCUCUAUUUUCAUACUUUUAAAUAAACUUAAUUUAAUGCAA